AUGAACAACACAUUGGCAGCUGACACGGACCUUUUGAGGACUACUUGUGGUUCUUCAGCGAUUGAUAGCUCUAGGAUAGUAGGUAUUGCCUUGUGUGUUGCCUUGGUAUCUGUUUGUAUCCUCAUCGUGCUUGGAAACUUAAUGACUAUCGUUCUCUUUGCGUUCAACAAAAGACUGCACAAGAAGACUUUCUUUCUUGUCAUCAAUAUGGCUUUUGCGGACUUGAUGUUAGGAGGUGUGACUUUACCUGUAUAUACUUAUUUAGUAGGAGGCAAUUUUCAUCUUUGGUCGGAACAUGCAGGAGAAUUGUGGAAAAAUGAGUCUUUCUCUAAUUUACAUAUAAUCGUGGAUACAGUUUUCUCUCAGGCUUCACUUAUUUCCGCCGUUAUUAUAUCCUGUGAGAGAUUUUACGCCAUAUAUAGACCCUUAAAACAUAGAGCUCUUUCGUCCAUAGCCUACCGAGUUACCAUUUUUAUGGUGUGGAUCCUCGCUGCUAUCAUAUCUGCGGUACAAUGGACUGGAUUAAGUAAACUGAUCUCGUACAAACAUGCGUUUUAUAUUUGGACACCAUACAUAUUGAUGCUUACCUUAAUUGUAUGUGGCUGCAAUUUCAGCAUUUGGCGAAAGUUCCAGCGUGGAGGUGUUGCUUCGCGGAAUCAACACAGGCACUCCCUAAACAAAAGAUUAACAAAGACACUGCUGUUUGUAUCAGCGUUUGCUUUGAUGUCGUGGUUGCCUUUAAUCAUUACCAAUUUUUUAAUCGUUGUGGGUCAUGUCCCAGUGACAAGAAAGGCCUAUCACGUAGUAAACAUUUUGAAUUAUUCAAAUUCUUUUGUCAAUCCAGUUGUAUAUGCAUUUCGAAUUCCUGAGUUUCGUCUAAGGCUGUUUAUGUGCUCUUUCAGAAAACAAGUGACAAGAAAUAACAAUGAGGCAGUGAAAUAA